AUGGAAUUAUAGAAAUAUUCAUAGAGUAACCUGGGAUAGACUUUUAUUUCAGGCUGUAGUUCUCCUAAUAAACAUUCACGUGCUAGGAAAGAGACUUGGCAAUUAUCAAAGAAGAAAUCGACUAAUCCUCCUCAGGUUUAAGAAAAAAUUCUUAUUUGUAAUGUCUCUCCAAUGCAAAUUCGUAAGUCAAAGCAAAAACAGCAUGUUUCGUUCUCAAAUGAAAUCAUGCAAAUAGAUCCCAAGACAGGUUAAGUAAAAAUUAAAGAUAUGCAUUACGAUAAAGAUUAACUCUUUCAUGAUACUCCCAUAUUUGGUUAUCCUCCAUUAACCUAUAACGAAGAAGUAAUAAGAUGGCGUAAAAUGCAAUAAGCUAUAUCAUCACCAUUUAAAGAAGAUUUUAAAAGGCUUAUCCAAUAUGUUGAAACAAUGUAAAGUAUGACUAAUUCAGUAGACAAAAAUGAAAUUCAGAAAAGCAUUAAGAAGAUCUCUAAUAACUUGCCUUUCUAUUGUAUAAAGUUAAAGGAGGAUUAAUAUCAGGUAAUUGCUCCACACAAAGAAAAAAGAGUAACAAAAUUGAAAAAACCUAGAGUCAUAAUAAGCAGACAUAUGAGCUCUAAUCAAGUUAAGCGAGGUAAUUUAACAAGUUUCUCAAGGCAGUUCACUUCUAGAUAUUCAGCAUUGGAUACCUCUCCUAAAUCAGGAAUAUAUAAAGAUGGAAUUUUUUCAGGGUUUUAGAAAAUAAAGUAAGAUUUUAAAAGAGAGGAUUAAAUAAAUAAAAUUAAUGAGAACGAGAACGAAGAAGAGACACCUUUAUUAAAAAAAGCUCCUCAAAACCCCUAAGCUUAGCUUGAAAUUGUUAAUGAAAUUACUAAUCUAAAAAAUCAGGCAAACCGACAGCGAAGAAUGAGUGAGGGGAUAUUUGCAUUUAAUGCUAAAAAUCAACUUAAUGCAUUGGAAUUGCUACAGAAUAACUAGAAGUAAAAGAUGAUGAGAUCUCCCAAAAAUAAUCUUAAUUUCCUGUCUCCCCAAUAGAUUAAUUUUGAAAUGCUUAGUUGUAAAAGUAAAUCCUCAAAACUCAGAGAAAGAUCCUCCGAAUAAAACUACAGUAACAACCAAACAAAUGAAGGUUUAAACUUGCAUGGAAGCACUUCAAACUAUGUAAACAAUGGAAGUUUUAUGCUCAAACGUAAUAUCGGAAGUAAUGAUGAUAUCAUUGAAAAAUCUAGCGAAAAUGGAAGUGUUGGUAAAGUGGAGAACAUUAAUAUGCCUUCGAAAUUCAAAAAGAGAAAGACUCAGAAAUCACCAGUGAAUAAUAAAAAAUCGAUGGAUGAUUCUGAGGGCUCUCAUUCUUCUAUCCAUCUUAAUAGUCAAGGAACAUUCAGUGAGACAGACACUGAACGAACUUAGUCGAUAAUUUAAAUGAGUUAAUACAACAGUCUACUUCAAUAAUAUAUCUCAGAUUAUCAGCAUGCACAUGAAAGUCAAUCGGUUUAUGAUUAAAUACGACAAAAACAGGUCUAGAUGUCAAAAUCAAGAAUCCAUAGAUAUCAGUAAAUAAUUUAAAAUUGCAGGUAAACUUCACAAGGAUCUGUUCUUAGACCCCUAAAGGAUGUACAUUAAAGUUCAGUAGCAGUCAUUAAACCUAAAGAUCUCGGAGAAUUAAGAUCAGAAGCAGCGCAGUCAAUUUAAGAUUACACAUCUGGACUUCCUAGCGUCAAUUUGAGGUUGGAUGUUAAUAGAUCAGAAUUAAAUAUCAAAAGUUUAAAAAGUAAUGAUGGAAGCUAAUUCGGUGUAAGAUGGUCUAACUAAUAAUUCAGUACGAGGACUACGAGUCAUUCUAUGCUAUAGAAUAGACAGGAAAUUUUUAAAUCAAGAAAAUCUAGUGACAAGAGCUUUGACUUAAGUAAAAUAACUAUGUCAAAUCAUAAUAACCAUAGAAGAAUAUCUAAGUCCUACCUCAUGUCCCCAAAUAAUAAUAACAUUGCUAAAUAACUUUGA